GCCAGAAAUGAACCGAGCAAGUAUGUACCGUUUGCAUACAGCUCAAAACACCAUGGCUUGUUAACCUUGGUUAGAACAACAAUGAAAUGAACAAAUAAUGACUACAAUAAGGAAAAAAUAAUGCGUUUGUGAAAACCUUGCCCAUGUUUUUUUUUUGCGUUUUAUUUGUAUUCAUUGUCACUGUUUUGUGUUCUGUCAUGAGCAGUGUACUGAAACCCAUAAAAAAUACCAAUAUUGGGCUGAAUGUAUGGUGAAAAUUAACGACAUUCUAUCUAUAACUGUGUGGCGAAUAGGUUGCUCUGAAUUGGACUGUUUGUUCAAUACCCUCACUGUCACAUGCUGGUUGCUAAGUAAAUACUUCAGAAGUCACUCCUUUCUCUGAUAUUAAAGACUGACCUAAAAAUCCAUGUCAUAUGAGAAGACACAUAUAUACAACCUUGUCCUGUAAAACCUCGUCCGCGUGGUUAAAUAUUGCAAAACUCCUCCAAGUGCUUACACAUUGCCUAUUGUAUAUAAAAGGAGAGCUGGAAAGGUUGAGACGGGACACAACGCAAACAGCCAUUACAGAGGGAAAACUUCAAAAAUGGUCCCUCAUCUGAAAUCUUUCCUGAUUGUUCUGUCCCUAUGCAUCGGGACAGCGUUCUCCAUGAGGGUAACGUCCAUGCUGCACCACAGCGUGGUUCUGGACCCAGAUGGGAAUUUUCAUCUCUCAUGGGACUUCGAUAAGGACAUAAUCGUCUUUGAGGUCCGCGUGAAGACGCUGGGGUACGUGGGCCUGGGACUGUCUCCAAACGGAGGAAUGGCCGGCGCUGACGUCAUCAUCGGCGGCGUCAAUGAUGUUGACGGCACAGUCUACUUCGAGGACCGUCAUGCUGUGGGCAUGAAGGAACCGUUACUCGACAAGAGCCAGGACUGGCAGCCAGAGAGCGGAAGUCAGAACGACACCCACACUAUACUCCGCUUCUGGCGGAAGCUAGACACCUGCGACGACAACGACAGACGCAUCACGACCGACACUGCGCGCGUGAUUUGGGCUUACCAUGACAACGACUGGGGCUCUGACGUCACCGGAAGUGUGAGGUAUCAUGGGAGUAGAAGAGGCUCAAAAAGUGUCCUUCUUCUGAACCCGCAAAAAGUUCUACCGAAGAUGCCCAAUGAUGUCGUCACCGUAGAUUUCAUCAACGACAAGGUAAAAGUUCCCGCCGAGGACACGGUUUACUGGUGUCAGGCGUACUCCAUGCACAUGUACCGCGAGAAACACCACGUGAUCAAGGUCGAGCCAAUCAUUCAGCCCGGAAACGAGCAGCUGGUGCAUCACAUAGUGCUGUACGCAUGUCCCAUAGGAACAGCCAAUGAAACGGCCGGACAAGGGGGUCCAUGCUGGGCGAACUUCAUGCCCCCGGCAUGGAGAGGCUGUGUCUCCACUAUCUUCGCGUGGGCAGUCGGGGCUGGGCCAUUAUACCUCCCAGAGCACGUGGGUUACCCCUGGGGUUACGAAGACGACCCCAAACUUAUUUUAUUGCAGACGCAUUUUGAUAACCCAGGAAAACGCAAUGAUUGGGUGGAUUCCUCGGGAUUACGACUUACCCUCACCCAGCAGCUCCGGCAGUACGAUGCCGGCUCCGUGUCCGUCGGGGUCACCGUUUGGAAGACACACAUAAUCCCACCCCACGCCGAGCACUUCACGACAGCUGGUCACUGCGUGCCCGACUGCAUUACACAGAGCAUGGGGAAUGUGUCCGAAAUCAAUUUGUUCGCAUCCUUCCCGCAUGCGCAUCUCAUCGGUACCGGUGUGCGCUUUCGUCACUUCCGGGGAGGUAAAGAACUAAGACCGAUAACCGUGGACGACAAUUACGAUUUCAACUACCAGGAAACCAGGCUUUUGGAAGAAGAGGUCAAAGUUCUACCGGGCGACCAUCUGGUGACGGAAUGUACGUACAACACGAUGAAGAAAACCAAUGUGACCUUCGGAGGGGAGAGCACCAAUGAGGAGAUGUGUCUCACGUUCGCUAUGUACUACCCCAGAACGGGGCUCGUGAACUGUCAUAGCCUGGUAAAUCCAGAGAGUCUGAUCAACUUCGCCAACCUCACCAUUUUCCCAAACUACACGGUUAAUCUACCGUUGUCUAAGCGAGGUCGUGGAGUAUUUGAUGUCUUGGCCAAUGAUUUAGACUGGAAAGACAAAGCUAUGACAGAUCGGGCACAGGAAUUGGCGAACAACAACACUGUAGUGGCAAUGUGCUUCAGUGACAAAGUCUUCCCGGUCCACACCAAGACUGUCAAGCUCCCCGCAGUGACGGAACCUUACCUGGAACCUCGUGUCUGUCUAUCUGGGGCUGUGACGUCAUCGGUGCUCGCAGGAUUUGUCUACCUCAUGACAGCAAUGGUUCUGUUGUUCCAUUAAUGAAAGUCCAGAAAUAUUUAGAUUUUUUCAUGGACUGUUCUACAUAAUGUGGCGGCACAGUGUUUAACUCAAAUGUAGAGUUAAUGUAACUGACAAAAGUGUUUAACGGCACACGCAGUAUCUGUUAUUAUACAACACUUUUUUAUGCUUCGUAUUUUUGAAUCUAUGUAAAUCAUAAAUCUAUACAAACACCCAUGUAAUCAGAAAUGUUUUGUCCAUUACAAGUAUUUUAUUGAUAUGUUUGUUUCAUAUUUUAUUCAUUAUCAGAAUUUCCUGCUCUCAUAUAUCUCCACUGUUUGAUUACCGAUACUGUUAUACCGCUGAAGAGGAAUAAAUGUAUUUUCUCCAAUGAAUAAGAAAAUAAAUUAAGGAAAGAAAGAAAAAUCGUCUCAGAGUCGUAGGGUUAUACCCAGCGCCUGUGCUAGUACUUAUUGUUGUUUCUGUGCUUGGUUUUAAUGUCGCUUUCAACAAUAUGCCCGUCUUCGCGGCGGUAUAUAUUAUAUACAGUAGCAUGCGGGUUUCCAUUCUGACAUGUAAUAACGUUACUAUAACCCCUUACUUGAAAGCUAUAUGGAAGACACCUAACUCCAAAAUCACGAA